AGUCUGCCCUUAAGGUAUACUUACUUUAUUAAAGUUGUACAACGUCUCAUUUUUACGUUUCGUCCGAGUAAGAUAUAUAUAAAAUCAACUAAAAAAACUUUAAAUAUUAUGUAGGUUGAUAAAAUAUGUAGGGAUCAAUAGAUUUCAGAUCCAAAAAGUGAGGCGGCUAAAUUUUCUGGAAAUUUUCUCUCUGUCAUAAGAAGAAGUAACACAAGACACAAGACUACGAUAACCCACGUAGUUCCGACUUUUUGGAUCAAGUUAAGUACGUGCAUGUCGUCAGCGAAUUCAGCUGCAAUCCAGCCAGCUGCUCGCACUACAUGCUAAGCUCAUCUCCCCGCACUUCUCGGCGUCGAUGAUCUAUCGCAAUUCGCUACCUUGAGCAUAAUGCUGAUUUACCUUUACCCAACCAACAACGAGAGAGAGACCUAGACCAUGAUUACAUUUCGGUGUCAGGCACGUUUUAUCUUUUCUGGGUGAAAGGUAUUGAGUCCCACUCACUCAUUGCUAUUCAAACUUCCAAGAUGCCGAAGGUUUCAAAGAAGAGCACCUCGCGCUCGCAAGGGUCUAAAAUCACAGAUUUUCUGACAAACAAGACGGACGUUGAUUCGGGAGCGAAAUGUUCAACUGCGGGAGCCAGCAUAUCGUGUCCGAAAAAGAUACCAAUUGACAAGGUCACAGUUGAUCCAAAAUUGACCAGCUCUUUUGCUCAACUACAAGAAACUCUAGAAAAUGUGUUUGGUUAUGCAUCCUUCAAAUCAGAGCUGCAGAAAAAGGGAACAGAAGAAGUAUUUAAAGGGAAGAAAGAUGUGUUCAUAUCUAUGCCAACAGGAGCUGGAAAGUCCCUCUGUUACCAACUGCCAGCAGUCUGCAAGAAAGGCAUAACUCUUGUCAUCUCUCCUCUCAUCGCACUCAUAGAAGAUCAGUUGUCCCAUUUAGAUGAAAUCAACAUCAGAGCCGAAAGUCUCAACUCCAAGAUCCCUGCGGCCAAGAGAAAGAUGGUGAUCUCAGACCUUUGCAGCAAAAAACCAAAGAUCAGGAUGCUCUACAUCACCCCAGAAACAGCAGCGACCUCCACCUUCAAGACCAUCCUCAAGAACCUUGAUAACAAAGGGUUGUUCAGUGGAAUCGUAGUGGACGAAGCCCACUGCGUGUCACAGUGGGGCCAUGACUUCCGACCUUGUUACCUCAAGCUGGGGGCACUCCACAAGGCGUACCCUACCGUUCCCUGCGUCGCUCUCACCGCAACGGCCACAGCGAAGGUCCAGAAGGAUAUCAUAAAUGAGUUGCAUCUGAGAACCCCCGUUGUCGAGUUCAGGGCGUGCUGUUUCCGAGAGAAUCUCUUUUACGAUGUGAUUUACAAGGAUGUCCUGGAAGAUCCCUUAGGUCACCUCAAAGACUUCGGGAUGAAGCUGCUGCAGAAAGAUGAAACUCUUGGGGAUGCGUCAGGCUGUGGAAUCGUCUACUGCCGGACCAGGGACGCCUGUGUCACGGUUGCAGGGAGCCUGAGCCGACAGGGACUGACGGCGCGGGCGUACCACGGAGGAAUGAAGGCUGCAGACCGGACGUCGGUCCAGGAACAGUGGAUGAAUGGCAAGGUCAAGGUCAUCGUAGCAACCAUCAGCUUUGGAAUGGGUGUAGACAAGGCGACAGUGAGAUUUGUGGCACAUUACAACAUCCCCAAGUCUAUGGCUGGCUACUACCAGGAGUCGGGUCGAGCGGGACGCGACGGUAAACCUUCUCGAUGUCGUCUCUAUUACUCGAGGCAGGAGAGAAAUCAAGUAGCUUUCCUGAUCACACGAGAAAUAGCAUGUGCAAAUCGCAAAAAGAGAAAGGCGAAGUAUUCGGCAUCACCCGUCAAGCCCAGCAAGGCUCCAAUGCAGAGUUUUGAGGCACUUGUCAAAUUUUGUGAGGAAGCAAAAUGUAGGCAUGAAUCCAUUGCCAAGUACUUUGAUGACAAGCUGCCCUCGUGUGGCAGUAUGUGUGACGUCUGCAAGACGCCGCAGGUCGUGAAGAAGCGCAUCGACGAGAUGCAACGUGGCAUAAUGGGUGGACCAGCGAAAAAAAAUCACAUGGGACGGACAUAUAUAGAGAAGAACCCCCUCAAUGUUCAUGAUGAUGAAUUGUACGGUGGUGGCCGCUAUGGUAGAGAUGUUACGUACGUUGGCAUGAAGAGAAAGCCUACUGACUGGUCUGACGAUGAUGACUACAAUACAGAUGAAGAUGAUGACGAUGACGGUAAUCGUUCUGGAAUGAGAGAUCUUGUGCAAUCGGAAUUCAGGAGGAGAAAAAAGAAGAAAAUAAAAGCAGAUACCCAACACACAGAGGAAAUAGAUCCAAACUGUAAAUUGAAAAAUCCUCAAAGCUCCAAAGUUCCAGGACUUACUAUUAAGGUAAGAGAACAUUGUAUGCAGCUUCUUGAGAAGGCUUUGAGAGCAAACAUCAACGCUGCCUUCUCUGACGAGUCAAAUGGUCUCACCUCCAAUGACUACAAAAUCCAAAGAUGUGCAAUAUCAGCUGAGUACUCAGCCAUGCAAGCAGCCAAGACAUGCAAUCUAUACAAGGCAAAAGUAUUUGGUCAGGUUGGAGAAAUAGGUAAGAAGACGAAAGAAGGCCGUCUGCAUGAUCUUUUUAUUUCUGUGACAGAUGAAGAGGAUACACUGAAGGAACCUCUGUCAUGCAAGGCUCCAUCAAGCACUGCAUCCAAUGGCCCAAGAUUACCAGCGCUUCCCGGGUUCUGCACGGCGGCGUCUCUACUGGCUGCCAACGCACCCAAGAAAGGUGAAGACAACUCCAGACAGACUACUCUAAACUUUGGGCCACCUGCCAAGGGAGGUGGUCUUAGAAAGAAAGGGGAGGCUCAGACCAAGGUGAAAUCGUCAGGGGGAUUCGUGAAGGCAUCGGCUUUAGUGACGUCAGAUGGACAGGUGAAGAAGAGGAAACGGGAGGGGAUGGAUGGCGACUUAGCAGCCGAGGAGGAGGGGAUGGAAGGUCUGUGGAUCGGUGAUGCGGGAGCAGAACGAAUCCCUGAGGGUGUUGAAAUGGACGAGGUGGAGGGCUUUGAGGAUGGGGACUGCGAUGACAACCUAGGGUGCAGCUUCCUAGAGGGGGAGGAGUUCGGUGUGGAGGAAUACGAUGCAGCUGAAGAAGAAAUAGAAGAUGGGAUGGUGGACAGUAAAGUGGAGAGGAGUGACGACAGAGACUCCACUAGGUUGCCAAUGAAAAAGAAAUGCAUGGAAACAACCACACACAUGGAAGACUGUAGGACUAAAAAGCAAGGUCAACUGACACACCAUGAUGACCAGAUGGGCGGAAGCAAGAUACCUACUGUUCCUGAUGAACAUCCAUACCUACAUGCUUCCGAAGCCACAAGGACAGGAGGACAAUCAAAAGAAGUGCAAUCGCAAGAAAAUAGGUUUGAUACCGGCAUUACGGGUAGAACAAGUACUACAGACAGCGACAUGACCAGAAGAAGUAGGGGUGCGCUAUGCUCCCAAGAGGAUAUCCUUUCUGAAGACUAUACAAAAAACAAUACAUCAGCAUCAAUGACAUCAAAGAAUCUGGAUGUUAGCCAGAAAGAAGACAGUCUUUCUGUUCCAAGGAACAAUCCUAUAGUAGUGAAAUGGGAAGCAAUAAAAUCAGAAUCUGGUGGGUCGAUUGUUUAUGAGAAUGGGUUUGUUGGAUCACAUGAAGCAACAAGGAAAAACAGACAAUCGGCCAAUGCUGCUGACUGUAGUCCAGGAGUAGGUGAAGGCUCAUCUUCUUGGGAGACAGAGAUCAAGUCGUCACUUUCCAUCAGAAGACUGAACCCUGUGGACAACAGCGCCCUCACAGGAAGUCCAAGAAAACAUGUGACCUUUGACCCCAAGGUCGAAGACAACGAGAGAGCAACGGGAGAGUCAUUGGAAGACAAACGCCAGGAGAACAAGAUGUCGCAAGGGCUCAAUAAGAUCGUUGCCGAUGCUGUCGUGAAGUACCUCACUCCCCACUACAAAGAAGGCAAAAUUGCUUCCAAGCCUCUAUUCAAGUCCUUGGCAAGAUGUUUGUCACAUCAACUGACUGACAAUAAGCUGGUCACCAAAGUUACAGUGAAGAAACAUGCAAAAGGACUGGUUCGUGAUUACUUCAAGCACCAAGAGAAAUGCCUGACAGAAGAUGAUAUACCAACAGACUCGGGAAGAACAUGACACAACCUACUUGACCUGAUCUCAAAAAAGAUGUCAGACUCUGUCUGUAGAAUGUUUGGCCAUUCAAUAUAAGGUACUUUGAUUUGAAAUAAGGCGAGCUAUGUUGAUUGAUCCAUUAGUUGGAAUUCUUGCCACCAUAAUUGCAAUACUUUCGUCCACUCCAGAUGAACUUCCAAAUUGAGUUAACGGGUAACCUCUCAUGGACCUGGCCACGGAGGAUUAUCUAUUGUUACUGGGGGUGCUGUGACAAUGCUCAGCACCCCCAGUAACAAUACAAUAAUCCUCCGUGGAUAGGUCCAUGUAACCUCUAAACAGGCAUCAUGAGAUUUCUCUGUGGAUCCAUGGAUUUCCGCUGAGUUUGAUUUUUUUUAAACGGUCAUUUUUCUGCGACUUUUGUUCUUGGAGCGACGGGACGCAUUCCUGCAGAUUGAAAACGAGGCAUGCUGUGUGGUUGACUGGUCUGUUGGUUGAUAAGUGGGGAUGUUUUCAAUUCAUGCUUCCAUAUGGGCCCCUGCGUGUUAUUGUCUCCAUUCUCAAAAGUCAAGCGCCUGACAAGAAGACAGAAGGUCCCAUUUUGCAAGUCUUUGGUAUGACUCUGCUCGCAAUAGAACCCAUGACCUCCUGUUCAUAAUGUGGGUGCUCUACCACUGAAGCUCCAGAAUCCAAAUCAACAAUGAGCCGCCAGGCAAGUUUCUCUUUACUAAGCCAAAAUGAUAAUUUGAGCACCACAAUUAACAGUUUAAAUAAGUUUAUUUGAAAGAAGAGUUCUUGCUCUUCUUUCUGUAAAAAAAUGUUUAGUUGUGAAAUUCAACCAAGCAUGAGAUACAAGAAGAUCUGUAAAAAAAACAUUUUUUUUUCCUAUUCUGCUGAGAUUUUCAACAGAUUUGCAUUUUCAACUUGAGUUGAUUAUGUCAAGUCAUUGGAGCUACCUUGUCACAAAGUCAUAGUAAAAAAAAAAUCCAUGAGAGCCACAUGAAAAGUGUGUGUAUGGACAGGAUGUGUGUCCAGACAAUCGGUUUUAAACAGCCAUUAGGAAAAGUUAACAAGCAAAGUCUCAUCAAUUUUUAGUACAAAAUGUUAGGCAUUAUCACAGAGAACAAAACUGACGAAGAUUACAACUAUUGAAUAUUUUUUGUGUAAUCCAUAGGCAAAAAAGAAAGCUUCUAAAUUUGAAACUGUGGACACCCCACCCCAUCCUACAUGCUAUACAGUUUAGUUGUGGCAUCAACUGCAUUGCACACAGCUGUUGAAAAAAAAUUGUUUGUAUCAAAUAUUGUACUUAAGAAGAUUUUAGCUCAAUUUUGACUAUGCUGCAAAAGACUUACGAAAACGUGUUAACUCUCAUUGAAAAAUCAUCAUAUUUGAUCAUAUUGAUCGUACUAUUACGUGUCUAUUUUUCUGCAAUGUGAAAUCACUUUCAGUCCCAAUCAUUUAAUGCAAUGUAAGUUAACUGAUCCAUGUGGGACCUCAUUUUGUUUGUGUGUGUGUGGGGGGGGGGGGUGGCUGCAUUUCUAUAUCCGACUCCGUACUUUGUAAAGAAAAAUAAUAAUCUUUCUAUGAAAAGUGCAAUACAGAAAUUCAUUGAUCAGCUUUAAUAAUCUUCUUUGCUUUGCUCUUUUCCCCAAGUUUUCAGUAGAAGGUGGCAAUAGUCCAAGGUUCUUAUGGGUCCAUGAAAACCUGGAAAUUCUUAAAUUUUUGCUUUUUCAUUAUCCAUGCCUUAAAAGUCCUAUAAUAUGUACCUUGAAACAAUUAAGGUAAAACGUGAAAAAAAAAUAAUAAUGCCACUGAAACCCAAGGAU